AUGAAAGAAUAUAGAUGGCAACUUGGAGCAUAUUUCGUUGAAAAAGAUGACUUCAUUGAUGCAAUUAGAAGUUGUGGAGUACACAAUGGUAGAAAGUUGAAGCUGUGGAAGAAUGAUAAGAGAAGAAUUAGCGUGAAAUGUUAUGUCUCACAAGGGAAAUGUCCCUGGUACGCUUAUUGUGGAUAUAUGAGUACCCAGCGUACAUGGCAGCUAAGAAAGAUUGUGGACAUGCAUACUUGUACUAGAGAAUUCAAAAUUGGUCUAGUUACCUCUAAAUGGUUAAGCGGCAGGUUGGAGAAGAGCAUGAAAACAAAUCCUGAUAUGAAAAUGACAAAUCUGCAUAACAAAUUCUGUAAGAAAUAUAAUAUUGGUGUGUCUAGGGCUAGAACAAGUAGAGCAAAGGCAAUGGCAACAACCAACAUUGAGGGUAGCUACAAACAACAAUAUGAAAGACUCUAUGAUUAUGCAGAGGAGUUACUGCGGGCAAACCCAGGCUCAACAGUUAAAAUUAAUGUAGAACCAAACCAAGAUCAAACCAUAUUCAAGAGAAUUUAUGUGUGUUUAAAAGCAUGUAAGGACAACUUUCUAUCCUGUAGACCAAUUAUACAUUUGGAUGGUUGUUUCUUAAAAGGGAAAUAUGGAGGUGAGCUUUUAACUAUUAUUGGAAGAUAUGCUAAUGACCAGAUGUGUCCCUUAGCUUUUGCUGUAGUUGAAGUAGAGAAUAAGGAAUCAUGGACAUUUUUCUUGGAAUUAUUAAUUGAGGAUCUUGGAGGUGGGGGAUUUUGUUCAAGGUGCACAUUUAUGUCAGAUCAACAAAAAGGACUUCUGCCAGUUUUACAAAGUUUAUUGCCUGAUGUGGACCAACAUUACUGUGUCAGACACAUUUAUUCAAAUUUUAGGAAGAAAUUUCCUGGCUUAAACCUCAGACAAUUACUAUGGAAGGCUGCAGUAUCAACAACUCCUGAAGCAUGGGAACAUUGGUCUAGAUCCAGGUUUACAGGAAGACCUGCUUGUGACACACUUGUCAACAACAUAUUUGAAGGUUUUAACAGUGUGAUCUUAGAUGCACGGGAAAAACCAAUAAUAUCAAUGUUGGAAGAGAUUCAAAUGUACUUGAUGAACAGUUGGUCAGGGAUGCAAAUAUUUCAGAUCACCCAUACAUCCAUCAUUGUUGAGAAGUAUGUGGUUGAUGUUGAAAAAAGAGAAUGUACCUGUAGAAAGUGGACAAUAACAGGAAUACCUUGCUGCCAUGCACUCACAGCCAUGAGGACUUCAACACCUGAUAUUCAGCCUCCACCAAAAAGAGUCUUGCCAGGUAGACCACGAAAGAAAAGAAGACCUGAAAGUUGGGAGCAAAGGAAGGAUGAUACACAAAUUGGACAAAAAGGAAUUCCUAAGAAAUGUUCCAUAUGUAGAGAAGUAAGGCAUAGAAGACCUAACUACCCUCAAGCAAAUCAACAACAACCCCAAGAAGGUACACCACACCAGAAACCUGUACCAGACCAGGAACCUACCUCACACCAGGAAGCUACACUACACCCCACUCAAGGAAGUCAGAUUACUGAACAAACCCAGCCAGAUCAAACAACAACAGCAAUUUAG